AUGGCACCCUCGAUAACCACUACGGCUUUCAAAACAAAUGCAACGCGUGGAAAGAAUGCCGGAUUGACCGCCGAUCAGGAUGCCAACCACGCCCACAUACCCGCCACCGGAGGACCCGACCGUCCUGUCGUCUUCGCUACACGCGCUGCCCCCUCCCCGUUCCUCCACCCUGAACAGUUCGGCAUGCUCCCCCUCCCUGAGUCCCCUGUUCCCCACGGCACGCCGCUGCCGCACCAUCUGCACACGCCCUCAUCUUCCGUCACGGGCGAGUCGCCGCGGUCCGUCAGCGCACCGUUUCCGCUGCGCCACGCCUGGGUGCCUUCGACGCCGACGAUCCAGUUCAACAGCGAGAAGGGUAAGGAGCGGGAGACGUAG